GCGUCCCGUCCCUGCAGCCCGGACCCCGACGGCGUCCGCACCCCCUCACCUUGCCUCCAGCUCACGCUCGUUCCCAGAGGGCCGCCUGGAAGGGGCACGUCCGCACCUUCUGGGGGGCCGCCCGACGGGUCUCGGCCAGGCCGCCCCGGGGCUUCAGGGUGCUGGAGUCAGGGGCGUCGUCGGAAUCAGACGGACCCCGACUCAAAUGCCAGCCUGUGUUCUGGAUUCAGUCAUUUAUGCUGAGGCUCGGUGUCCUCACCUAUAAAGGGAAGAGUCAUACCCAACUCAGUUGGGUCUAGUGAGGAACAGGGACAGGGCUUGCAAGGCAGCCGCAAGGAGUGUGGCACAUAGUAGGUGCUCAAUAUUGUUAUUGCUUGCAUUCUUGAAGUCUGCCCAACUUUGGGCACAAGAACUGGAUCUCCAUUACCGCUUGCCUUUUUUUGCCAUGUUGAUUCCUCCUGUGCUGGGGUACCAUGACCUUGGAGCUGGAAUCUGUUGGACUCUGGCGGGUUUCCUUUCUUCCCCAUUGCCUUGAAGGAUUGAAGGAAUCUCAAUCCUGGGUCACUAAUGAAGAAAAAUCUUUCAAAAAGCAUUUGCAACUCUGUCUCUGCCCUCUUAGCAUAGCAUAGAGCAUAAAACAUGGUGGUUACUUGUUGAUGGUUAUGGGAAGACAAACCCCAUUCAUGUGCCCUGAUGUCUCCAGCUAUUAUGCUUGUUGCUUUGCUUCUUCCUGAAAUUUGUCUCACCAGCCCUUUGACAAGAACUCAGCUCCUACUAUGGUGGCUUGUUUAAAGAAAAAAUGUCUGAUAUUACUUGGAGUUCAGCUGUAAAAAGACAAAGAUGAGGGACUUAACAAACCCAGAUUACUCAAACCAUCAAAAGUCUUGCCUUCUUUCUUACAAGAUGUUUGGAAAUGUUCAGUCUGAGAGGGAUCAGAUUGCAGAGCGGUGGCCUUUUGGCCUGUAGGGUCUUGUCACUGGAACUUGGUGCUGCCUGAAAGUUAACUAUUUUAGGUCCAGCAUUGUAUUACAAAAUGAAAGUACUAAGUAUUUUUUUUUUUCUUAAAAAGACAUGAGCCAUCACCUCCAAGGGAUUUAGUACUAUCCUUUCUUGGACACUAAUGAUACAUACCUAUUUUUUUAAAAGCUCCUUUAAAAAGAUGACACGAUGAAAUCCCAGUUACAGCUCUGACGAUUCAGUGUGGCUCUGAACCCGGACCGUCUCCAGAGUGGAUGGUCCAACACACUCUGACCCCAGGAGACUUGAGGGACCUCCAAGUGGAACCUGUUAAAAGCAAUGUUGCCAUGGAGGAUUAUUCCAUUUUGAUGAAUGUCAGCUGGAGACUCCGGGCAGAUGCCAGCAUUCGCUUGCUGAAGGCCACCAAGAUCUGCGUGACAGGCAAGAGCAACCUCCAGUCCUACAGCUGCGUGAGGUGCAAUUACACGGAAGCCUUCCAGACUCAGACCAGACCAUCUGGCAGCAGAUGGACGUUUUCCUACACAGGCUUUCCUGUAGAGCCAAACACACUAUACUUCAUCGGGGCCCACAAUAUCCCCAAUGCCAAUAUGAAUGAAGACCCCCCCUCCAUGUCUGUGAACUUCACCUCACCAGGCUGCCUAAACCACAUAAUGAAACACACAAAAAAGUGCAUCGAGGCAGGAAGUCUGUGGGAUCCAAACAUCACUGCUUGUGAGAAGAACAAGACAGCAGUAGAAGUGAAUUUUACAACCAGCCCCCUUGGAAACAAAUACAUGGCUCUCAUCCGAAGUAACAUCGUAAUUGGGUUUUCUAACGUGCUGGAGAACAACCCCCCAAGUCGAGCUUCAGUGGUGAUCCCCGUUACGGGGGAAAGUGAAGGUGCUGUGGUCCAGCUGACUCCGUAUUUCCAUACUUGUGGCAAUGACUGCAUCCGACGCAAAGGAACAGUUGUGCUUUGCCCACAAUCGGGCAUGUCCUUCCCCCUGGACAGUCGCAGAGGCAUGCUGGGUGGCUGGCUUCCUCUUCUCCUCUCAGCUCUGCUGGUGGCCACAUGGGUGCUGGCCAUUGGGAUCUAUCUAAUGUGGAGGCACGAAAGGACCAGGAAGACUUCCUUCCCUACUACCACGCUCCUGCCCCCCAUUAAGGUUCUUGUGGUCUACCCUUCUGAAAUUUGUUUCCGUCACACAGUUUGUUACUUCACUGAAUUUCUUCAAAACCACUGCAGAAGUGAGGUUAUCCUUGAAAAGUGGCAGAAAAAGAAAAUAGCUGAGAUGGGUCCAGUGCAAUGGCUUACCACUCAGAAGAAAGCUGUGGAUAAAGUCAUCUUCCUUCUUUCCAAUGACAUCAACCCCAGGUGUGAUGGCACCUGUGGCAGGAGUGAGGGCAGCCCCCAUGAGAAUUCCCAAGACCUGUUCCCCCUGGCCUUCAACCUCUUCUGUAGCGAUCUGAGAAGCCAGACUCCCCUUCACAAAUACAUGGUGGUCUAUUUUAGAGAGGUGGAUACCAAAGAUGAAUACAGCGCGCUCAGUGUCUGCCCCAAGUACCACCUCAUGAAGGAUGCUCCUGCUUUCUGUACAGAACUUCUCCGUGUCAAGCAGCAGGUAUCAGCAGGAAAGAGGCUGACGGCCUGUUCCCUGUAGCCUACCCAUGAGAAGUGAGGGGCCUUGAAGCCUUCCUACUCCUCCAAUUACAGGGGGAAAGUAUCUCAGAUGAUUCUGAAGUUUCCUGUAUGGGCUAUCUGUAGGGAGAUUUUAUAUACACCUGCUUUAUUUAGCAAUAGGAAUAGGGAGGAUUCCUAACUGAAUACAUACGCCUUAGUUUAAGCAAAACUUUUAUGCCAAAAAAAAAAAAAA